AUGUCGGAUCAUGCAUCAUCCGGAGAUACAUCGGGCUCAACUGAAUUUAAAGCUGGUCGUCCUCCAGCAAUAAAAGUUGGUGGCAUGCGUGUUGGUGCAUCACGUCCUCGACAAACAUCGCAAGGCGAUGAUAAAGACAAAAAUUUUACUACUGAAGAUGCUUCAGGAGAUAGUACAAUUGCUGAUGACAAAGAGAGAUCAUCUGAGAAUGAUAAUCGAAGAAAUCAUGAUGAUAUUGAUGAUGAACAAGGAUCAGGAGCGUUAUCUAAUCGUGUAGCUGGUCAGAUGGUAUCUGGAACAUUUGUACCUGUUCAAAAAGCUUUUCCAACUGAAGCCGUCAAACAUAUACAUGAUCGACAUGGUACACAUCCAAAAAAUGAACAUCAUGCUUAUUCAAAACAUGAUGAUCAACGUUUUAUAAAUCAACCACGAAAACAAUAA